AUGAAGAAGGAGAACUUCCCUGAUGAACUCAGCUUGCCAUCCCCCCAGAUCAGCAACGGCAUGGUGCUGCUUCAGAGUGUGGCCAACCGGGGCUCCCAUGGGCCAGAGAAGAAGCUGCAAGACCGUCAUAGACCCAGCAAGUCAGCCCAGGCCGUUGGCCGCUACUACCGCAAAGUGAGCCAGCUUAAGAAGCUCACUAGCCCUAAUGGCUUUGUGUCUGAAAUGGAAGAAAUGAGGAAGGCCUUUCUCAUGCGGCCUGGAUGCCCCCAGUUCAGUACCAGAGCCACAUCUGUGUCUCAUAUGGGUUCUGCCACCACGGUUGAUCUGCCCAGGGACACAUGUACCAGCUCUGGGACUUGGAGGAUGACUGAGGACCAGCCCCUGGACAGGCUGGGCUCUGCCACCAGUGUGGAUGGGCACCUCUUUUCACUCAGCAAGAGUGCUUGUGAGCUCAACUACUCACGGAAGAAGAGUGAGCCCCCAGCCACAAGUCCCACCAGCCCAACCUUGGUCAAGAGGUCCCAAAGAACCAGAAUGCCCUGGUACAUCUCAGUCAUCCAUGAGAAGGAUCAUUCCCUGAUCCAACUGGAAGAAAAACUCCAGCGUCUUUCGGUGCUGGAGACCCAGAUGCAGAAGAAAGAUCAGGAGAUCUUGAUGCUCCAAAAGGAGAAGGAAGCCCUGAAGAAGCAGCUGAGGACCCUUCUCAGAAGCAGAGGCACAGAAACAUCCUCAGCUUCCGCCAGGAUGGAACGGUCCUCUGAGGCUCCCCUGAAGCUGGGAAGGCUGAGCAUGCUGAAGACCGCAUACAAAGAAGAGGAGGAGCUGCAGCGCUGGAUGCAGGACGACCUUAACAUGGUAGAGAACAGGGAGCUGCAGAUGGAAGUAGGAAAUGUCGUGGAGGAAAAGGGCGCUGAGGGGCCCCUGGAGGAGGCUGUAACUGGCAAGAUCGGGACUUUGCUGGAAGAGGGCCCUGAGGAGGAGGAGGAGGAGGAAGCAGAAGGAGCUGAGGAGGAUGAGGAAGAGGAGGUGGUGGUACAGGAGGAAGAAUUGUGGGAGCUGAAGGAGGAAGAGGAACAGCGUCCCAAGAGGUCAUACUCUCUGACCGAGUCCUUUGAGGAGGAGCUAAUGGCCCAGCUGGAGGAGUAUGAGCGAAUGUUGAUGGACUUCCAGAGUGAGCUGGAACUCACUAGGGCCAGAUAUUCCCUGGCCACAGGAGCCAUCACAUCUUUACAACGGCAAAACGACUUCCAAGAGUCUCAACUGCGGAAGGUCACCACAGAAAACGAGCUUCUGGAAAAGGAACUCCGUGAACGGAAGCGGCAGAUCCAAGCCAUGACCAACAAGUUCUCCAGCCUCCGGGAGGAAAAGAAGCAGCAGGGGAUAAUGGGGCUCAUUGAGAAGGAAAACCUCAUCCUCCGACAGCAAGUGUCUGAGUUGGAGACAGAGCUCCUGAGUCGUGAUCAGGACAUUGCGGAGCUGCACAGCAAAACUAGCGAGCUGCAGGCUCAGAUCGACCUGAACGAAGAUCACUUGAGGCGGUGGAAAGAACUCCAUGAUGACCUCCAGAGCCGGAAUGAGACAAUUCAGCAAGCAGAGCAACAGACUCGUGUGAUCCUGGAGUCCUCUCAGGCCAGGCUCGAGAGACUAAGGAAUAAGAUCAUUCAGGCUGUCUUCAGUGUCAGUGGGACCAAGAACUUGUCCACUGAGCUCUCGGACAACUACAUCCUGGAGUCCCUGCAGAAAAUCAUCACAGAGAGAAGUGACUUCUACAGUCAGCUGAAACAAAAAGGCGUAAAGGUACCCCCGCUGCAGCAGUCAGACAUCUCCCUGCCCAGCAAGCUCAAGAAGCUAGCUUCCAAGUAGCCCUGGCUGGGACCCCAGGACGCAUCCUGCCCGGCAGAGGCCAGGGCCCUGCUGGGGAAGCCACCUGUGUGGCUGCUCUGUGAUAAUUAAACCUUAGAGUUGGCCACUGUCUCAUCUUCUCUGGUUACCUACAGGACCUCAUCCUUUACACCUGAACUACCUGGGCCAUGUCCCAUGCCACAGCUCCCUCUCCUGGGCCACAGCCUGUUUGUGGGGAGAUUCACACCUCCAGGGCCUC